AUGCAAAGAGACAUUUGAGCAAUGAAUGAACUUGAAGCAGGAACUUAUUUAGUUUACAUCCAAAUGGACUGAAUACAAGAUCUAACUGAAGACUAUGGCUUUUCAGUUUAUUCAGAGUACCCAAUCAAGCUUGAAGACGUCACCUUUCAAGAGCAAAAUUUUCUUUAUGAUGUCUAUAUCGUCCAAUCCUCAUUUUUGCUCGAGCUGUGUCGACGUCUACGGACAUGACCUGGGAGUUAACAAACCAGCGUUUGCUUGUAAAAAUACUCCUGGAGAUAAAUUUCCAGUACAAAGAGAUUUGCGCCCAGGGAGAAGGCUUGCAAACCCCUUGGGUUGCGUGAUGAAAUUUUGGAGCAUCCUGAGCCAAAACGAGGCUUGGAAUAUACCUGAAAUUUGGCGAAGCAAACAGUUGAUCCAAAUUUACUCUCACUCCCUCACUUUAAAUUGGAACAAAAAAUUUUUUUCCAAUUUAAAGGGAGGUUAAGAAGAUUUUUUAUAAAAAAAAAUUUAAAAAUUUAUCGAAUUAGAUUAAUAAAUUUGUUUAGUAAAAUGAGAUUUACUCUUUAUCCUUUACAAACACAGCAAGAUAUAAACUAAAUUUUCAUUAUUAGUUAAUACGCCACUAUUAAUUGGUAUCAAAACUAUUUAUACAAAAAUUAUUAUUUUUAUUGAUAAAACAAAUUUUUAGAAAUUUAUCGAUCAAAGUGCUAAUUUUAUUUAAAUAAUAUGUUAUUUAUACUCUAUUCUUUAAAAUAAAGCAAUAAAUAAGUAAAAUUUUCAAUUUUUUGUAAAGAAUUCAUAUUGAAUUUAUAUCAAAAUUAUUUAAAUAAAAAUAUUAUUUUUAUCUAAAAAAAGAAAAUUUUUUUUAAAGUUUAGCAAUUAAGGAUAUUAAAGUUAUUUAAAUAAGAUGCUCUUUAUACUGUUUUCUUCAAACAAGAGCAAGAUAUAACUAAAAUUUUUAAUUUUAGUUUUAAAAAAAAACAUUUAACUUAUAUCAAAACUUUUUACAUAAAAAUUAUGAUUUUUUAUCUAUAAAUUUUUUAUUAUAAAAUUGAAUUUGUUUCAAUUUAAAGGGGGGGUUAAUAAAUAAUUUCACCCUAAAUAAUACCCAGAAUCAGCUUAUUUUAUUUAAUUUUCUUUGGACAACUCCAUUUUCAUAUCCAUCAAUAUAA